GUUGGGGCCAUGAGCUUUCAACCAUGGGGCCCCAAACACCACUUCAUCCAACAGAGUCUCAAAUUUACGGCUCCAACCCCUUCCAAUCAGUGUUUGUAGGCGCAUUCGUUCGAGAAGCUAGAAGGUUUUCUUCCAUUGCUUCGCCAACGUUUUGCAGGUUACUGGAAGAUAAGAUCAUGGCGGGUGGGAAUUUCAUGCACAGGGUUAUGUCUUACCUUGUGAACGAGCUUAUCGUUAAUAGCCUUGCCAACAGUCCUGCAUUCCAGAGGUUUGCAGUGAGAACGUCAAAGAGGAUUGAGGAGGUUUCGAGCAAGGCUGCACAGAAGCAGCAAGAACUUGCUGACCGUAUGAAGGAUCUGUCUAAAGAUUUUGAGUCUUUCAAAAAUCAGUGAUCCGGUCUGAUGGACGCAGUAUUGCCCCAGUUUGCAUAUGAUCUAUAUUCUUCUUCCUUCUGUGGGAAUGACGGAAAUGAGUUUUGUAAUUUUAGGAUAAUAUCCUAAAGAAAGUCACGGCCGAAGAUCCUUCUGAAAAAAUAAAUUUAUGUUUAUAUUAGAUAAGCAAGUAGUUGGGUAUUUUAAGCUGACUUCAGUGUUGGUGUGGAUUGAGAGGGGAGGGAACUGGGAUUUCCUUGACUAAAAACAGACGGGCAGGUCUUUUCUCCUCCUCCUAGGGUGGUGCUACUUGCCUACAUCCUGUACUUAGCCAUUUAACCGUUUAUUUCUAAAUUACAAUGUAAUCAUAAGCUGUAAUAUCUUAAACGAGAUAAUAUGCUUGGCAUUCAAUAAUUUCAAAGAACUACAUCCAAAAUUCAUGAAA